AUGUACAAUAAACUUCACAUGAAGAAGGUUGGCCCUUGUAGAGUACUCAAGUUUUCUGUGAAUGCUUACGAGAUAGCUCUGCCUUCAGACUUGGGCAUCUCACCCAUCUUCGAUAUAGCAGAUUUAUAUCCCUAUAAAGAGGGUGCAGAAGAAGGCAUAGAAGAUGCAAACAUCUCUGUCACUGAAGAACUACAACGAACUGCUUUCCCUCUGCAAAGUAUACACUAUAUUUUGGAUAAACAGUUGUUAAAGAAGACCCGUAGGCAUGAAUACUUUCAAUACUUGGUUAAAUGGAAAGAUCAUCCUCUCGAGGAUGCCUCUUGGCUGACUGAGGUUGACAUUAUACUGUGGAAGACCUCAUGA